AUUAUAUUGCGCCGUUCAGUUGCAUCCAGACUCAUCGUUCAUAAACAUUGAAAUUUUCAUCAAAAACAUAUUUUAAACAAAAUAUGAGAAUUUUAGUGUUUUGCAGUGUUUUACUUUUAAUAUUUUAUGAAACAAAUGCAGUUAAAAAGAAAAUAAUAAAAGAAAUAAAUAUUUGCAAAAGAAAUGAUCCUGAGCUAACAAAAUGUUACUGCACGAAUUUCAACCACAUGAUACCACGACUUAAAGAUGGCAUACCGGAAAUGAACGCUAUUCCUAUAGAUCCUAUCAUUGUUCAGCAUAUUAUCAUGAAAUUACCAGAAACAAAAAGUGUUCGCUUAGAUGCCGAGCUUCACGAUGUAAGUGUCGGUGGUUUGAGUAAAGGAAAAGCUCUCGAAUGCUUAACAUACAUGACAGACAACGGUAUCCAACUGUAUUUUGACUUAUUCUUCCCGGAAAUCACGCUUAAGUCGAACUACAAAGCCAAAGGAAAGUUUUUACUGCUUGGAAUCGAUGGAGAUGGCGAUUUUCAUGGCGAAUUUACCGGGAUGAGCGUGAGAACAGUGUGGAAUUCAACGCGUUUCAUGAAAAACAACAAGGAGCAUCUCAAAUUCACCGCGGAUAUUACCGAUUUACAGCUCAAAACCAUGAAGAUUAAUUUCAACAACUUGUUUCAAAACGCCACGGAUUUAAACAAUAAUAUCAACGAAUCUAUCAACUCAAACAUUGAUUUACUAUAUGAUGAAAUCAAACCUGUUGUUUUGGAGACCAUCAGAGGGAUUUCUUUGAAAAUCAUCAAUGAUUUUUAUGAUCUGUUCUCGUUUGAUGUGCUUUUUCCAAAAGAGUAAUACUAAAAUAAUACGGUUAAUGCAAUGACGCACUAAGCAGAUGAAUAAUUACAUUAAUUACGGUGCUUAUUAUAAUAAUGAUUUAAUUAUAAUCAAUAAUUGUGUUAUAACGUUGUGAAUGUGAAACAACUUUUGUUUUUUGAUUGACUUUUGAUGUUUUGAUGUCUGACAGUAAAGUCGAAUAAAUUUCAGUAGUUUUAUGUCA